AUGGCGUCCUUCCAGGAGAUGCCGAAAAUGCUUCACGGUCAAGUAGGUGGUGAGCAGUUAAAGGCCAACGGUACUCUAUAUCGUGUUUCGGCCGUUGAGAGUUUCUUGGAGAAUAAAACCGAUGGUCGGGUCGGACCGGUAAGGUGUUGCUGAAGAACCGCGCCAAACAACUGCUGUAGAUACAAGCAAAAAUGUGGGCUGCGUAAAGUGGUUGAUGAGAAGUAGAAGCGAUCGCUGGAACAGGAGCCCUGUUCGCCUGACGUUUCGGACUCACGCUCGAACUCAUCAUCAGACAAAUUAUCAGAUACGGGCAAUUCAUGCGCAGGUAGUUGGUAUAUUUAUAGGAUGCAGUCUCUAUGAUAAUAAACUGCUCUCCCCUUCAUCGAGGAUGAUUUCCCGCUGGCGCGCUAAUGGCUUGGUGGCCGGCCUACAAGUUGUUAAUUGUUGAAAUUUCAUCACCUGUGUUGACUGUUGGCGUGACGAUUGCUCGACCACUUGACUCACCGGCCUGCGCACUCCCUCAGUAACUAAUUACUUUGGUCGGACUAGGUCUCAGCACUCACCACAAUUUGGGGUCGGUGCGAUCCAGGUGGCCGAUGUUCAAUGCGAGGGACAGGCUGCCAAACGUGGGAAUUGGGCAAAAUCUAACAGCCUGGAGGCGAAGAUCAGGGUUGGGACGGUAGCGGUCGGCUGGGGUGGAAGGAAUCACGCUGAUCUGGACUCUGGUGUCCACGAGGAAAUUUCUGCAAGUCAGCCUGUGGCAGUUCGCGUCUCCUCGCCCUCCGCCUUUGUCACGCUGCCCUCCUGUCCACCUCACACCCCCUGUCGAGUCGCUGAUGGGACGUGCGAGCUCUCGAGGCCAAUCAACGCUGUCCCACCGCUGAUUGGCUGGCGGACGCAGAGACAUCGAAAGGCGCACACAUGCGUUGAGUCUGAGCAUCUCGACGGCGGACACAAACAGCACAACUGGCCUGGGGAGCGCGCUCGCGGCGACUGCUUGUAGAGCCCUUGUGUACGCGCUUCGACAGCAGUGGAGGUUGUCCAGCACACUCCGUCUUCCCCGACUUUUGAUUGGGACUCUUUGUCUUGUCGACCACACCACUUUCGACAAGCCUGUCACAGGCGUAGAAUGUGCGACCAGGACCAGAGAGGGUCAGGAAGGUAGACUUCACUGAUCUUCGAGCUGACUCCUUUCUCCCGUUGGCUAUGUUUCGGGAGCUAAGAGCAGGGGGAGUCGCAGCCACGAGCCUUGGCAUCAAAUGUGGGAAGAUACCUGCAAAUGGUAGCUGAGCUGGUGCGAAAUGAAGGGAAUAUGCCAGACUUGCGGGAUGGCUGGUCUCGAUGCGUUCUGGAAUGGAUUGGAAGUUUAUUGCCACAGGGAAGGUGUUAAAUCUCGUGCAAGAUUCGCCAUCUGUGAUCUCCAGUUCGAGAGUGCAGACGCGGAAGAAGCUGGCGGAGUUGAAAGCGCCACGAAUCGUCGACUCUUCCUUAGCCGGUUGACCUUUUAACUGAGUUGUGUGGGCAAAAUUAUGCCACAAGCGGGUGCUAAGAUAUCAUGCAUUUCUGGAGAAUGGUUUUCCAUCGUUAACGCCUGAACUUGUCGCGUACUGGAAAGGAAAAGUUACUGGUGUUCGCAAGGAGUCACCACUCGUCGGGAUUCGAUGGCCAACCAUUCGUAGAUUCUCAAGUAGAAGUCGAGGAAGGGGGGGAGAGAGAGAGAAAGUAUGAGUAUUCUUCACCGUUGUGGCGAUCGCGGAGGCAGACUUCUACAAAUCAGUGUCGAGAGCGUCUGGUGAGAAGCAGAUCGACGCAGUUUCUAACCCCUCUUCAGCCUCAUGUUCUCGCGCUACUCUUAUGGGCAUCUUUUGUGGGGGGCGAUCUGGAAUCAAUAUGAAUUACCGAAAAGGCAAACAGUUACUCAGCUUCCGACAUAUAUAGGCAGAAAAGAGAAUGUAGGGCGUUAAUGUGCACGACUUCUUACCCCCGAACGAUCAAGCACUGAACACCACAGUCGGACUGGAGGUGCAGAUAAGCGUGGGCCUCUUCACCCCAAGUGUUCAGGCUUCGGAAUGACUAUCGGUAUGAAGAACAAGCUGAAUAAAGACGUCAAUACGUCGACAGCUUUAGAGCCUAUCAGAGUGGACGUGAAACUAAUUAAGAGCCCUUAAAAAGCCUCUCAUGAGCUUAUCAGGUCUUGAACGUUGUAGCAAGAAGUGAAGCAGGCACCCGCAAGGACAACCAAAUAAAGGAAGCCACUGUGAUAUGGCAGUUGGGCAGAUCGGGAAUUUCGCAGACCAACGUCGCCAGCAUCCAAAUCAUGUUAGGAUAUCCGCCGACUCUCAUCGCAUAGGCCGACUUUGCUAAACAUCUUCGAAACCACCGCGACGCCAAGACGGUAAACUUGCUCCUUGCAUCUUCCAAUAUCGCCGUUGCCGUUUACGCCGCCGCCGCCGCCGCCGCCGCCACCACCAACACCAACACCGACGUGGUUCAAAAUUAAUAAAUUACAUAAACCUACGUUACUUGAAUAUUGGUUGUAGCACCGUCAUAAGACAAAAUUGUCAGCGUUGGCUAUCAAGGUGGCUGUAGUCCGGCGUUAUUGUGGUACGCGCUCCAAUGUUGUUUAGCCUCCGUUUAAAAGUGUCUACGGAUCCCGACAUGACAACAUCCUCAGGCAAAACAUUCCAAGCUGCAACCACUCUGUUGGAAAAGGAGAACUUUCUUGUGUCUAGCUGGGUACCAGUCACACGUAAUUUGAGUGGAUGGCCUCUCAGGUUAGUCGUAGUCGCCAACUCGAGGAAGUCUCCUGAUGCGUGGCGACACUCUUGGUGUUAGGAUAUCCGCUGACACUCAGCGCAUAGGCCGACUUUGCUAAACAUCUUCAAAACCACCGCGACGCCAAGACGGCAAACUUGCUCCCUGCAUCUUCCAAUACCGCCGUUGUCGCCGCCACCACCACCACCACCACCAACACCCCCGUCCUCAUUAUCAUUAUCGUCAUCAUCACUGAGGAAAAUCCCUUUAACUCCUCUCACUGUAACACAAUGUCCCGGUUUAGGAUUGCACCGGUCAGAAAUUUCAAAGGACCAUUGUUAAGACGCAGCUGACGUCCGCCCUCCAUAGCCGAAUUGUUUCCAUUCGACUGGCCAUGUGGAUAUACACGCUACCAGCCAUUGUUGGUCUCCAUUAUGCCAUCGUUCUCUAGGACAGUUCGACCGUCUAUUCCGGCGAUGUCCACCGUGAGCUAUACAGCAAGGCGAGCAUGCACAGUGACUUGCGCAUGAAUUAGUUUAUAGUGAUAGUAGACUUGCGCAGCAUCCACCGCACUCUCUCUUCCCCACCUGUGCCCAGUGUCAAGGCAUAGUCGAGAAGACCGGAGGCGGGAGAGGGCGCAGGUGGCUAAUACAGUCGAACCAGCACCUAGGCGUACCAUCACACGCACUGGCUCACAACAAACACCUGACUAGGAUUUGAACCAGCUAAUAAAGCUCUUGUCCCAGCGAUUGCGUCUCCUUCUUCAAGUACAGAAGGAUUUCUGCAGGAUCGGUCUCGUGAACAACGAAUGAGUGACGUGACCUAGGCCCGGCCGACUGGAGUUAAGACCAGACCCGGUGGCUGACGUGACAUAAGCACCGCGUCUCGUGUGUACCAUGCAUAUUUGGCCCCCGUUAAUUUUUGACAGAACAGCGCAUAGUAGUAGGAACAUACCAAGCUGUUCGACUCUUCAGAACAAAAAGGCUCCUUAGGUGGUAUUGGGUCGGGCUCUCAAGAUCCAGAGUCGAGCCCUCCAGAUCCGCUGUCUUAGAUCGUCGUUCAUGAAGAGGUAAAAUUCACAACAUCAACGAGGCCGGCUUGAUCAGGCAUCAGCACAGCUGCACCAAAUACAAGAUCUCGUAUUGCUGCCAAUACCAAAGUGGUGGCCAACAAACAGAUUAACCCUUCAUAUAUCGCAAAAGAAUCGACAAAACUGACUAUAGAACUUCGUGAGGGAGGCAUUCUUCUAUAACUUGCCUCUGUAAGGCACCAUCUUAAUUUUCAAUUAAAUUGUCCUGGUAAGCAGGGCAGCAAAGUGGGCGCUCGGGAUUGCCCUGGAGCUCCGAUCUUUAAAAGUUCCAGAUCCCAGCCCACAGGCUGUGGUUCAGUUGGUAGAACUCACAGUGGAUACUGAUCUGGGAUCUGGAUUUCAGGUCUUUCGGCAUAGAGCUUGAAUAUCUCGACAGCUCCACCGUCCAUUCCGACGAUGUCCACCGCGUGCUACACAACUAGGUACUGUUUCGAAAGAGUUACUCCAAGUUCGCGCAAUAAUUUCCUCGGAAAUUAAGCAAGGCAAGUUGAAACUGGAGUUCAUAUACCAGAAAACACACGGAGAAAGCUGGGGGACCCACUGACGAGCCGAACCCCUCGCAGCUGCGUCAGGCAGCGGCAUAAGAUCGGCGAAACACGCGUGUCUGGGCUUUUAGCUAAUACCUGUGUUGUUAGUACGGUAAAUUAUUGCACAAUGCUAUACUACUGGCUGCCUGUUGGCGGUUUGUGAAUAUUAAGCUGUUAUUCCGCAGUAGCUGAUGGAUUUCAGCUCAAAUAUUCAUAUCAAAUUUCGGACCGUGCCUGAAAAGGCCUGUUUCGAAAGAGUUACUCCAAGUUCGCGCAAUAAUUUCCUCGGAAAUUAAGCAAGGCAAACUAGGUACAACAGGCACGGUGACAUGCGCGUUAAUUAGUUUAUAGUGAUAGUAGACUUGCGCAGCAUCCACCGCACUCUCUCUUCCCCACCUGGGCCCAGUGUCAAGGCAUAGUCGAGAAGACCGGAGGCGGGAGAGAGCGCAGGUGGCUGGCACCGUCGGACCCGCACCCGGGCGCACCACCACACCCCUUCUGGUCUAUAACAUACACUUGGCCAACAACAACACCCCAACAGGGGUCAGAGGGGCGAGGAUGGUGCCUGGGCAGCCAUGUCCACCACCCAGCGGGAGCGCAAGCGCAUCCACUGGCAGGGAACUGCUAGCGCAUACCAGGCCGCGAGGGCAAUGGCUUGCUGAUACUGGCAUAGCACACACUGUCAGGCCUUCUCUAUACGUAUGCCGGGUCAUAUGCAUGUGGGCGUCAGACGGCAGUAAAACAUCACAACCAUUACUCAUGCCACAGCCCCAUGGUGCAAUUUACCAGCGCAACUGCGUAGAGUCAAACGUCGUAGAACUACACAUCUCACUCGUGCGAGGGCUGUGUCUUUUCUGAAGUUUACUUAUGUGAAGUGGGUGACAGUCAUGCAGGCUGCCUGCGGGGAGGAAGAUCACAUCAGCCACGGCACCCAAUCACAUCCACAGUUGGACUGAUUCAACGAAGCCAUUAGUUUACGGAAGAGAGAGCAUGCACUGAGAUCAAUCCAACUCAGCCUACUUCCUCACUGAAUACAAAUUAUUGUGAUUUUAAACUAUCACAAGGUAGUAGUCGCAAUGACACGGAAAGUUGUCAUCUAGAGGGACGACCCGCAACCCUCCUGACGACUGACGGUCAAGCUGCGAUGACUUGACCCUGUUGUGGUCCCAAAUGACAGUUUCACCUGCUUCGAGAUCCCCCAUAGCGAUGUCUGACGCCCUUGGUGUUCGGGAUUGGCUUGCGCGUGGCACGCGUAGACAGGUUAUUUAGUUUUGUCAACAACCCGCAACCAUGCCCUUCUCCGGUUGUCUUGACUUUGUCCUGCCAUCAGUAAACCGUGGGUGUGAGAAAACAGACAGAUGCAGGGCAACUUUACAUCAUUAUGAAUCGCCGGCUCUGUUCGGGGCAUGUUUAAAGGAAAAAUGCGAGGGGGCGACUGAAAUUGUUCUUGUUUCCGUUCCUCAGCUCUGCUGCCAUUCGGGCUUUGUUAUUGGUUACUCUGUAGCCCGUGCGCGACCUCUUUCCUCCGAGGAUGGAGGCUAAUUAUCAUGUUUUAGUGCGAAGCCCGCCCCUCUUUCAGUCUUCCAUCACUGUCGUACGAAGGUCAGUCUAUCUACUACUGUUCAACUACUGUUCAGGAGGAGGUACCAUAACUGACAGAACAGGCACAAGCUAAAAGACCAGACACAUGUUUCACUAAUAUUCUGCCGCUGCAUAACAGCUGCGAGGCGUUCGGCUCAUCAGUGGGUCUCCCAGCUUUUCCCGUGUGCUCUUCUGGUACAUACACCAAUUUAGAAAUUGUUGCUUUCUAAUUUCCUAGGAAAUUAAGCGCUAACUUAGAGUAGAUCGGUCUAGUUGAGACUCAAGAGACAGAAGUUCAUCAUCUGUAGCGAAAUAACCGCGUAAUAUUCAUAAGAUGCCAACAGGCAACCAGUUGUUUACACAUUGGACAGACAAUAUACUAUACCUGUCAGCAGGGGUACUAGCUAAAAGCUCCUAGGUAUACAACUACUUCUGCAUGCAAGGAUUACUUGUAUGGUCCCCUAUGUAGGACAUGAGGACAAGAACCACUCGCAAGACAGGUGGCUUCGCGCCAAAUUCCAGGGAAACUUGGGCUAGGUUUAGUGUUAAGUUAAGGGGAGGUUUAACGUUAAGGUUAGGAUCGGCUCCAAGGUAAGUUAAGGUCAAGAUCGGGGUCAAGGUUAGGGUAAGUGUUAACUGCAGGGUUAUAGUUAAGGUUAGGGCCACAAUUUUGGCUGGAAUAAGGGGUGGGACACGGUAAAUUUGUCGUUUACGGAAUUAUGCGCAUGGUUACUUUUAUUACGUAAACGAGACGUUCCUAUUCCCUGGUGGUCUUUAUGGGGUCAUAUAAGUAAUCCUCACCUCUCUUUGUACUAGCAAAAGUUUGUUGAAAUUUUUAUGGUAUCAUCUACAUCAUAUUAGGCAGACAUUCUCAUAUUUUUUCUAAACCUUUUGAUGGCUUUCAGAGCUAUCUAAAUUACCCAAUUCUAUAUUCAUCACAUUUUAUUUGACGUCAUCUUACACGUUUCCACUUUUGGGUGAAGUUUUCUUUCUGUUCUAGGGAUUUUUUCGGGAUUAACAUAUUUAUAAGGUCUUAAUAUUAGGGCUUCAUUUUGUGUUUGGGAUGUAUCCUGUUGUACUUUAAGCGAACCUGUAAGCGACGCUUACGGGGCUCCUAGCCAAUGAGGUCUCGAGUUCCCGACCACGUGGCUCGCCUAGAAGCGGAUCGAUUGUCGUCGACCGACUUGAAUGCCCGUCCUGUCAGUUUCAUAUAUAAAGCGUUUCCAGGCGCAGCCGCAGUAUUCGCACUCUGCGCUUCGGUGCUUCGUGGGCAUCCAGGAAGUCAGCAGUCUUGCCUUCUCCUCCUCAACAUGGUCUGUGGCGUUGCUAGCUCCUAUCCGUUCUCUCCUCUGAGUGGCUAGCCCUUUCUAAUCCUCCUUCUUGCUUCCUCCUUGCAGCGUGAAGUGAUUAGCAUUCACAUCGGCCAGGGUGGUGUACAGACGGGAAAUGCCUGUUGGGAACUCUACUGUCUGGAGCACGGAAUCCAGCCUGACGGCCAGAUGCCCAGUGACAAAACUAUUGGAGGCGGCGACGACUCUUUUCAAACCUUCUUCAGUGAAACCGGAGCUGGGAAACAUGUUCCACGGGCAGUAAUGGUUGACUUGGAGCCGACUGUGGUUGGUGAGUAUCUGUGUCUUGCAACUUUCCUUUAUGCUCUAAGUUUAGAUUAAAAGCAAUCCGAUCGUUUCCCCAGGGGUACUUUGCAGCAGAUUUGGCGUUUUUCUGUAAUGGUUGCUAGGGUCGUUUCCAUGGUCUCCAUGGUUACAGGAGGAUAGCGGACGUUCUUCUAGACGUCCACUUAGUGUCCCUAAACCUUUUCUGGGUAUUUAGGAUGUUUUAAAGUAGCUUAUUUACUGCGCCACUGAAUGUCUUUGUCCGAUCGUCAAGAUGAGGUACGAACUGGAACCUACCGCCAACUCUUCCACCCCGAACAGCUCAUCAGCGGCAAAGAAGAUGCAGCCAACAACUAUGCCCGAGGACAUUAUACUGUGGGCAAAGAGAUGGUUGAUCUGGUCUUGGAUCGUGUCCGAAAACUGGCCGAUCAGUGCACCGGAAUGCAGGGCUUCAUUGUAUUCCACUCUUAUGGUGGUGGCAGCGGCUCCGGUUUCACAUCCCUCCUGAUGGAGCGUCUCAGCGUAGACUACGGCAAGAAGUCGAAAUUCCAAUUCUCCAUCUUCCCCGCUCCGCAAAUUUCUACCGCGAUUGUCGAACCAUACAAUGCCAUUCUUUGCACCCACACUACCCUGGAACACGCAGACUGCUGUAUGGCCUUUGAUAAUGAAGCCGUCUACGACAUUUGCAGGUGAGUUGUCAACUGCUGAGUCGACUUGCACGCUUUUGAGUUCUUAAAGUCUACCAAUUACUUUGUCCAUUUUAGACGUAAUCUGGACAUUGAAAGGCCCACGUAUACCAAUCUGAACCGACUGGUGGCCCAAGUUGUCAGCUCAAUUACAGCCUCCCUGCGAUUUGAUGGUUCGCUCAAUGUGGAUCUCGUUGAAUUCCAAACCAACUUGGUGCCUUAUCCACGAAUUCACUUCCCUCUGGUCACCUACGCACCAACCAUCUCUGCUGAGAAGGCCUACCACGAACAACUGAGCAUCUCUGAGAUCACCAACGCCUGCUUUGAGCCCGCCAAUCAGAUGGUCAAGUGCGACCCCCGCCACGGUAAAUAUAUGGCCUGUUGUAUGCUCUACCGAGGAGACGUUGCUCCAAAGGACGUCAAUGCGGCCAUUGCCACUAUCAAAACCAAGAGGACGAUUCAGUUUGUGGACUGGUGCCCAACCGGAUUCAAGAUCGGCAUCAACUACCAACCACCAACUGUUGUUCCCGGUGGCGAUCUGGCCAAGGUGCAACGCGCUCUCUGCAUGCUCAGCAACUCUACAAGCAUUGCCGAGGCUUGGGCUCGCCUGGAUCACAAGUUUGAUCUGAUGUACGCCAAGCGUUGCUUCGUACACUGGUAUGUCGGUGAGGGCAUGGAAGAGGGAGAAUUCUCAGAGGCCCGUGAAGAUCUGGCCGCUCUGGAGAAGGACUACGAGGAAGUGGGUGCCGACAGCGUGGAAGGAGAGGGUGAAGGCGAGGAGGAGGAGUUCUAA